AAAAAGAAAUCUUCUUCAUUAUUAUCUGUCGAGGAAGCAGACAUGAGACAACCAACAACACUAAACAAAAUUAUCACUCUCUGUCUAAUUCUUUAAUUCAAAUCCCCACCAUAGUAAACCUUAACUUUGUAAAUUCCAGUGUUCUUACAAACACAAAGACACAAAUUACAGUAUUAUAGGAUCAGCAAGAAUUGCGCACAUUUCUGAAGCUAAUUCCAAAUUACAAAGAAAAGAAAAUGAUAAAUUUAAAAUCUUGGUUUAUACUAUCAAUUCUUUAUGUGUUCCUAUGUACAGCAGCACUGGGAUCAGAUGCAAUAGAGUCUGUGUUAAGGCGUUUGGAUAGCAAAAAGGCACCAUCUGUAGUUCAAGAAUCUGCAGCUAAGGGUGUUUUGCAGAGGUUACUUCCAACCCAUCUGCACAGUUUUGAAUUUAAGAUUGUCUCCAAGGAUCUUUGUGGUGGAAGAAGUUGCUUUUGUAUAACCAAUUACAAGAGUUCAAGCAGAAGUUCACCUGAGAUUUUGAUUGAAGGAACUACUGCCGUUGAAAUCACAUCGGGGCUACACUGGUAUUUAAAGUAUACGUGUGGAGCUCAUAUUUCAUGGGACAAGACAGGGGGUGUUCAGUUAGCUUCAGUUCCCAAGCCAGGAUCACUGCCUCUCGUAGAAGCGGAGGGAGUGAUGAUCCAACGGCCAGUACCAUGGAACUACUAUCAAAAUGUCGUCACAUCCAGCUAUUCAUUUGUUUGGUGGGAUUGGCAAAGAUGGGAGAAAGAGAUUGAUUGGAUGGCACUUCAAGGAAUCAACUUGCCUCUAGCAUUUACGGGACAAGAAGCUAUCUGGCAAAAAGUUUUCUUGGAUUAUAAUAUUACUACGCGAGAUCUAAAUGAUUUCUUUGGUGGACCUGCUUUCCUGGCUUGGGCUCGCAUGGGAAACCUACACGCAUGGGGUGGGCCUUUAUCUCAAAACUGGUUAAAUAUUCAGUUAGCAUUGCAGAAACAGAUAUUAUCUCGCAUGCAAGAGUUGGGCAUGACCCCAGUGCUUCCAUCAUUCUCUGGAAAUGUUCCAGCUGCAUUAAAAAAGAUAUUCCCGUCUGCAAAUAUUACGAGGCUUGGAGACUGGAACACUGUUAGUGGUGACCGUCGAUGGUGUUGUACUUUUCUCCUUGCUCCUUCCGAUCCCUUAUUUAUUGAAAUUGGAGAGGCAUUUAUUCGGAAACAGUUUGAGGAAUACGGAGACAUCACCGAUAUUUACAACUGUGAUACUUUCAACGAGAACACUCCACCUACUGACGAUCCGUCAUAUAUUUGGUCUCUUGGGUCUGCUGUGUACAAAGCAAUGUCAAAAGCAAAUAACAAUGCAGUGUGGUUGAUGCAAGGCUGGCUAUUUUAUUCUGACUCCAAAUACUGGAAGCCACCACAGAUGGAGGCACUUUUACAUUCAGUUCCACGUGGGAAGAUGAUAGUUCUUGAUCUAUUUGCUGAUGUCAAACCAAUAUGGAAAUCAUCCUCUCAAUUCUAUGGCACUCCUUAUAUCUGGUGUAUGCUGCACAACUUUGGAGGCAACAUGGAAAUGUAUGGAGUGUUGGAUGCAGUGGCCUCUGGUCCUAUUGAUGCCCGCACAAAUGAGAACUCAACAAUGGUUGGUGUUGGAAUGUGCAUGGAAGGAAUAGAACACAAUCCAGUUGUCUAUGAGCUGAUGCCCGAAAUGGCAUUUAGAGGAACUAAGUUUCAACUUCAGGGAUGGUUGAAAUCUUAUUCUCGUAGACGUUAUGGUAAAGUGAAUGAUCAAAUUGAAGCUGCUUGGGAGAUCCUUUAUCAUACAAUCUACAACUGCACUGAUGGAAUAGCUUUUCACAACACAGACUACAUUGUGAAAUUCCCCGACUGGGACCCCUCAGGGAAGACGGGAACUGAUAUCUCGGGGACUGAUGUUUCCAAUCAGAAUGGGAUGCAAAAACUUGCAGGGUUCCAGUGGAAUAGACGGUUCCUUUUCUCUGACAAAAGCUCUAGUCUACCAAAGCCUCACCUAUGGUAUUCUACAGAGGAUGUCAACAAGGCAUUAAAGCUAUUCCUUAAUGCAGGAAAAGAACUUUCUGGAAGCCUCACGUAUAGAAUUCCAUAAUGCAUGAAGGAUAUUCAUUUUGUGGACUCAACCAAUGGCUUCAACAGAACUUUCACAGGCAAGCUGCCUGAUAUUCUGCAUUGGCAGGCUUUACCCUUUGCCAAUAUGAGUGUUACCUCUCCCAUUUUCCUUCUCCAAUGCACUUACUUUAGAUGAACCAAUAUUUCGAACUAGUCUGUGAUUUUGAAAAGACAGCGCCUGAGCUGUUGUUUAGUGGCUUUCUGUUAACAGUUACCUCGUUAUUUUAGAAGCCUCUUUUAUGGUACAAAUUUGCAAAUUGAACCUGUUAUUUGGAUAAUUUAUGCAUUGUUUUUUUCAUUCCCUUUAAGAAUCAAAAAUAUUUUUAGCUAAACGCCAGCUGCUAAACGACUUUUAUGAGGAGCUACUUUCCAAAUGAUCCUGUAUAUUAGUAAUUAUUUUAUGAAGGUAUGCUGUAAUAAUUUCAAAAGCAUUACUGUUUUAAGAAAGAAAAUUCAAAUUGAUAUAAAGUCAACAUUAUUUCUACUUCUGAAUCCAUUUUACUUCUGUGAGAAAUAUAAGAGAAAAAUAUUAUUGAAUUGUUGUAACUAUAUUAUUACAUUGAGACCCUAUUUAUAGACAAUACAUUCCAAUCCUUUUCCUAAUAGGACACUACAUUACAAUCCUUUUCCAAGUAGGAUUUUAUAUGUUAUUCCUAUUCCUACUCAUAUUCUAACACCUUCAAGUAUAAUAAAAUCCCAACUUUUACCUUAAUUGUUGUGUCUAAGUUUGAGGCCUCUGAAUUGUGACGAAGAGAGCGCACCCAACGGUAUCAAUGAAAUGGGUUGAGAACCAUGAGGUCUCAAGUUAAAUCUUGGCAAAGGCUCCCAAAAAAAACACCUGGUGAUUUGUUCCCAUCUGCCCAACUGUUGUUGGACAGAAUUACCUAGUACUUGUGAUGGUGGGAGCUAGCAGGGACCCUUGGAAUUAGCCGAGGUGCGUGCAAGCCGGCUCGGACGCCAAAAUUAUAAAAAUACUGGGAGGCAGGGAUUAUAAUAUCUUAAUAAGAAAUUAAUGGUGAUUUACUGUUUUCAUUAACUUCAUAAUACUCUUGAAGAAAGGUAUGAUGUUUAUAUAUGCUAUUUCAGAUAGUGGGCAGCACAAGUCAAGUUGAAAAUUCCCAAACCUAUUUUUCUUCUUUUUUAUAACAAUUCCAAAACAUUUCUUUUCAAAAUCAUUUAAUGUAUUUGUGGGCUUUGCAUUGUCUUUCAUGUACAUGACAUGCACUUUCUGAUCAAUAGGAACUGCUAGCUAUUUUUCG